CCGUCCAACACCAACAAGGUGGUGGGUUUUCGGUGCUGGCCAUACGCGUCUCGAUUGAAUCUGUUAGAUUAGGUAACCGUUGUUUCUGCUUAGUGAAAUUGAUGCGCGGUGGAAUCAGAGCGUCUCACGGUUUAACAUGCAGGUAGAAUCGGAGCGGGAAUCGCGGUGAGAUGUGUGGUUAUUCAGUGAACCUUAGAGCGGCUGCAGUGUUGUGACGUCUCGUGGUACGUGUUGGCUGUCAAUAUCGUCGGCCAAGCGUGAAUAUCACGUCGAGGCCCCAAGAGGCUGGAUCUCCUGGGUUAUAACAGUUGUUUUCGAGGCGGCGUAUUCACAGUUGUGUUUUUUAAAUAGUAGGUUUCGUUUCAAGGUAGUGUAUAUUUCGCUUCUCUUAGUCGCCGGCGACUCAGGGAUGAGUGCUGAAUUAUUGAUUCGCGUUGAAAGAAGAAGAAGAAGCUCUAAGUAAAUAAUAACACGGUUAUCAACCGGAGAAGGUGAACAUGUUCAACUUUAUGAAAAAGGCUGCGGAAAAAGAUGACAAGGAGAAGCGUAAGCGAGAAAAGAAGGAGAGGAAGGAAAUCAAGAAACGCGAUCGUGGCAGCAUGUCUGCCGAAGAACUUCUCCGUCUCGACGAGGUUCGAAGAUCGUUGAAAAUCCGCGGCCGACGCAAGGAAAAGGAAAAACUUCCAAGUGGAAUAACGGCUGAUUACAGCGCGUCAUUUUUUGCACCGUUGGAUCGAGAUUUGUUGGAUAGUAUUCAUCACCCGGCUGGUUCGAGCUGGUCUCGAGGUACGGGUGACGGUUUGACGCAGAGUGAUUCCUCCGAGGCUUCGUUAACGUCUCUAACAGCCGGUGGCAAGACGCUGCCACCUCUCCCGCCGAAGCCUCCAAAAAGAGGGAUUUUAAAAGGUCCGAGACUCAGUAUAACCAGCAUAACAUCGGAAGUGAGCGUGGUUCAGAACGGGAAUGAAAAUCACCAAGAUUCGAACGUCCUUGUGAGGAAUACGCUCCAAAACGAGGUGAUCGCUUACCAAAACGUUCCAAACCUGAAUAACUCGGGUAUCGGGAAGGAGGAGAGCUUCAGCGAGGAGGAAACCUACAGGAGAAGUCCUCAACACCGGGACAACAAACUGCUUCAAGUUGUCACGAGCGCCAGCCCCUCUGCGGACUCCCUGACAGACACUACAAAUUCAAGUUUUGCGACUCCGCCGUUCAGCUUGUCUCCGGUAGGCGAGUCUCAGGGUUUCUCCAGGUGGCGAUCGUCGGGUUCGUUCGAGGAACAAGGCGUCGAACUUACCCUACCUGAAAUAGUUCCCCUCAAACUACCAGAUCCGAGGGAACUUACUAUUCAGCGACAACCACCGCCUAGGAAUGAUUUUGGAUUUUCGCUACGACGUGCUAUGAUUGUGGAACGUGGUGCUAACGGUGUUACUCAAAUGAGGCCCGUCAUCUUUGCGGAGCCUGGUGCUAUUGUGCAAAACAACAACGAGACUGGAUUACUACCUGGCGACAGAUUAAUCGAAGUGAACGGUAUUAACGUUAACGACAAAUCCAGGGAGGAAAUCAUUGAUCUUAUCAAAGGAUCUACCAACAGCGUCACCGUCAAGGUGCAACCUGUCGCCGAAUUAUCCGAGCUGUCACGACGAGGGGGUAGCGAUGGAACUCACGUCGUACUCGCCCCAGCAAAUAUCCAGGGUGGCACGCUGCGACGAUCAGGGAGUUUACGAUUUCACCAGAAUACGGCACGAUCAGAGGAACAUUUGGCUCAGGAACAAGCAUGGCUGGCUGCGGAAAGAGUUUGGCUUCUGCACCGGAGCGGUUUUUCCGCAGCAACGAGAUGCGGCAUCGCGGAUCCCGACACUGGAAAACUUCGCGUACGUCUUCUUCCUUCCGGCGAUGAGGUCCUGGUUGACGAAGAAGAUGUUGAAAAGGCAAAUCCACCGCAGUUUAACAAGGCUGAAGAAUUAUCGCAGCUGCGAUUUUUGAACGAAUCAUCGGUGCUGCAUACCCUCAGACAAAGAUACGCAAGCAAUUUGAUUCACACUUAUGCUGGCGAGAGCAUGAUCGUAAUCAAUCCAGUCGCACCUCUGGCUAUUUAUUCUGAGAAGGUGGUCCACAUGUUCAGAGGAUGCAAAAGCGAAGACAUGCCUCCACACAUUUACGCCAUGGCGCAGUCAGCUUACAGAGGGAUGUUGGCGACUCGAAGAGAUCAUUCCCUUGUCUUGCUCGGUCGUAGCGGUGCUGGAAAAACCACAAAUUUCAAGCACGCCUUGCACUACCUCGUCUUGGCCGCGGGAACUGUAAAUAAGAUUUUGACCAUUGAAAAGCUCAACGCGGUUUUCACCGUACUCGAAGCAUUUGGCAACAGCAGGACUCACAUGAACUCAAAUGCGACAAGGUUCACUCAACUGUUUAGCUUGGAUUUCGAUCAGUCUGGCCAAAUCGCAUCCUCAUCCUUACAAGUUCUGCUUCUGGAAAAGUCGAGAAUCGGACGUCGCGCUGACGGAGAUCCGACAUUUCACGCAGUGUACAGGCUUUUAGCUGGUGCGGAAGGCCCGUUGCGGAAGGAGCUUCACCUGACGAAUCUCGUGGCCGAAAAUAAUCCGUUUAUAACGCCUCUUCAAAAGCACGAAGACAAGCAACGCGCAAUGGUUGAAUUCAACCGGAUAGUAGCCGCCUUCAAAAUACUCGGAGUAUCGGAGACGGAGGAAAAAGUCAUAUGGCUUGUCCUGGCUGGAAUUUACCACUUGAGUUGUGCAGGUGCCGUUAAGACUGGAACAAGCUCUCAGAGUCGCUGGCAAUUCGGGAGGGUCGAAUGUGCCGAAAGGGCUGCCACCCUGCUCGGAACUUCAGUCGAGGAAUUGAGCAGAAUCGUAUUCUCUUCCAACGGUGGUGGUGGCACGCCGAACAACUCGAGGACAACCAUGAAAACACCGAGUCCUGAACAUAGCAAGGACAUCACGGGUCUGGAGGCCCUGGAAGGAUUGCUGGUUGGGUUGUAUUCCGAGGUAUUCCACUGCGUCGCCGCGCUGAUCAACAGAUCGAUAUCAGCGCCUGUACACACUGUUUCAUCACUGCUGCUCUGCGACGCGCCUGGUUUUCAAAAUCCAGCGUCGUGCGGCCGACAGACAGGAGCGACAUUUGAAGACUUGUGUCAUAAUUAUCUGCAGGAAAGACUUCAGCUCCUCUUCCAUCAUUCCACUCUUGUUGCUCCGAAAGACAGAUACGCUCAGGAGGGCAUCGACAUAGACCACGAGGAUGAUUAUGGAUUCGGGGGCGUCGGUUCGCCGCAGGCUUUAGUUUCGCUUUUGGAUCGCGGUUCGCAAGGUGCGGCCAUGUUGAGAGCUAGUCAAAGUGAUCUCAGUAGCAAUCGUCAGACGGAACGUCGGGGCUUAUUAUGGCUCUUGGACGAGGAAGCAUCGUGCCCGGGAGGCAGCGACGAAGCAUUUCUGGACAGAUUCUUCUCUCACUACGGAGACAGAGAUCAUCAAAUGCUGUUGAGAAAAGCACCGGGCAAUAAUCAGUUUGUUCUUCAUCAUCUGCAGGGCACCAAUCCAGUGCUUUAUACGGCAACUGGUUGGCUGCGAGCUACUCGUGAAAAUCCGGUGGCUAGAAGCGCCAUCAGCGUUCUCCAAGAGAGCCAGAGAGAGGAUGUGAACAGGCUGUUCGUUUGUGCUCGCGGUGCCGGCGUCUCGGGUGCUUUGAGCGGUUCGGUACACGGACUCGAAGGUUCGCAGACCUUGAGGCGAGCUUCGAGCAUCCGAAGGACAUUCACUGCGGUCAAGCGAAAGAACGUUUGUCUCCAAGUCAAAUUCACCGUGGAUGGACUCAUCGAAACUCUGAGACGAACACGUGUCAAAUUUGUUCACUGCAUACUUCCGCAACACAACGCAGGAUGUACCGACAACAAGAGUCUUCUUUCCGUGAGAUCAAACCAAGGAGAAGACAGCAUCAUUAACGUCCCGCUACUUCGAUCUCAAAUUCGAGGAAGUGAGAUUAUCGAGGCAAUUAGGUUACACAAAGUUGGUUUCCCGAAGCACAUGCCACUUGGGGAGUUUCAUCGACGUUUCGGACUGCUCGCCACCGACAAUCACGUUCGUCCCGGAAGUCCCGUCGCCGAUGAACGCCGCGAAGUUGAGGACAUGCUCCUUUCCGUCGACAUUGAUCCCGCAUCUUAUCGCGUCGGUCAGAGUCAGAUAUUUUUCCGCUCUGGAGCGUUGGAACAACUCGAGUCUCAGAGGGAUGAGAAGUUAACCGGUCACGUAAUCUUGCUGCAAGCAAGAUGCCGCGGAUAUCUUGCACGUCGUAAGCUCAACACCUUGAAGUUGCAAGACAUGGCAGUGCGGUGUAUACAAAGAAACGUGAGGAAGUUGAUGUCUGUACGAGAAUGGCCCUGGUGGCGUCUCUACGUUAAAGUAGCACCACUCCUCAAUGUUCACCGCACCGAAGAUCAGCUCAAGGCAAGAACGGAAGAACUCGAGGUCCUGAGGGCCAAGGUUGAAAGGCUGGAACAAGAGCGAAAUCACCUGAAGCACGACAACGACAAAUUGGAAAAUAAGUUGAGCGAAAUCACCGCUGACUUCGCCGAGGAACACUCGACCUCGACCCUUGCUGCCGAACGAAUCGACGCCGAGACAUCGGAGCGUCUCAGGCUGGAACGUGAGCUCCAGGAUGUUACCCAGGAGAAUAAAAACCUCCAGCAAACAACCGAGCGACUGGAAAUGGAACUGUUGUACGCAAGAGCUGCCGAUCUUAACGGAGUUGCAUCCGACGGUGAGGACGGCGACGAAGGAGGUGUCUACAAGCAGAGGUACGAACAUGCCGUCAGGGAACUUGAAUUUACCAAGCGGAAGAUGGCUCAGCAACACGAAGACGACCUCGAGCAGCUGGUUGGCCUCAAGAAACAACUCGAGAAGAAGUUGGCGGAUGCCUACGAGGAGGUUGAGGAACAACGACAGGUCGUUGGUCAAUGGAAACGCCGAGUGCAAAAGCUGAACGGAGAAAUGCACGACUUGCGUUUGCUGCUCGAGGAACAAACGGCGAGAAAUAAUCUUUUGGAAAAGAAACAACGCAAAUUUGAUUCUGAGACACAAAAUCUGAUGGAUGAUCUCAGACAAGAGAAAACACUACGAGAACGAAUUACCAGGGAAAAAGAACUGGCGAUUGCUGAGAAAUUCACCAUUGAACAAAACUUGAGUGACGCCAGGCUAGAGAUUGAACUGAAAGAGGAACGACUGCACAGUCUUACACAGGAGUUGGAGGAUCUGACUUUCGGCGGAAAGACCGAGGAGGAAGUUGCUCAGCUGAAAAAGGCGAAACACGAACUGGAAAAGAAGACUAAGGACCAAGAAGAGGAGUUGGACGACUUUGCUGGACAAGUACAACUUUUGGAACAAGCAAAACUGAGACUAGAAAUGAGUAUUGAACAGCAGAGAAAAGAAAUGCGGAAGGAAAUGCAGCAGAGAGAUGAGGAGCUGGAAGAAGUGCGCGGCAAUGCGCAUAAAAAACUCAAAGCUCUCGAGGCACAACUGGAGACGGAACACGAAGAGCGGACUAUUCUUCUUCGAGAAAAACACGACCUGGAACGUCGGUUGGUAGCUUUCGAAGAACAGGAUAGAACAGACCGCGCUACAGACGCUGAAAACAUGCAAAGACUGAAGAGGGACCUGAAAAGGACAAGGGCGCUGCUACGUGACGCGCAGACCAUGUUGGAACGAACCAAAGGCGAUUCUGCUGGCAAGGCUGCGCUUCGACAGCUGAAAAAUCAGCUGGAAGACGCUGAAUGCGCUCGGGCGGUUGCCAUCAAGGCAAAACAGGCGUUGGAACUUGAACUUAACGAAACCCAAGCUGCUCUUGAAGAAGCAUCUCGCCUUCGCUCGGAAGCUGACGAGCGAGCUAAUGUUGCCUCUAGGGAACGAGCGGAGUUACGGUCUCAGUUGGAGGAAAACGAGGAAGAACUGGCAGAGGUUCUGAAGAAGUAUCGAGCAGUGGUGCAACAGGUUUCCGCCGAGCAGGCGCAACUCCAAGAUUCUCAGGCGCAAGUGGUAGCCUUAGAAGCCGAAAGAUCGUCACUCAAAGAUCAACUAACUGAACUUUCGCAGCGUCUCGAGUCCGUGGAACAGCUUGGUGACCCAACAGCAAACAGCCUAGCAACUCGAAGGUUAGAGUUCCGCACAAAGGAGCUUGAAAGUAAGCUGGAGUUGGAGCAAACUACCAGAGCACGAUUGGAGACCCAGAUCGCCAGACUAAAGGAAAACGUGGAUAAACUGCAGACCGAAGCAGCUCUUCUACGCACGAAGGAACAAACGGCGCAGGACGCGGCGAGGAGGCUGCAACGCUCCCUCAGGGAAUCCCGCGAUGAGGCAAGUUCCGCCGUUGCCCGGGAACACGAGACCAUGAGAGCUCGACGCGACCUUGAAAAGACUUUGGAGGCAGCUGAGGCUGAGACCAAAGUUGCCCGCGACGAUUUGCGUCUGGCUCUUCAAAGGAUCGACGACCUCCAAAGCGCAAUUCAAGGUGAAUUAGACCUUGACUGCAGCGAGGAGGCGACAACCGAUAAUAGCGACAGUGAUUGAACGAGUUUUCAACGCAAUUAAAAAAGCGAUAAUUACAAAAUGUAAACUGAAGCUGAUCAAUGAGGAAGAGAAAUAGAAGUACGAUCGGGACGAACAAGAUUUGCAUGAACGAUUAGACGAGGUCCCUCCCCACAGAGGCGGUUAUCAAGAAUGCAAAUGGAAUGAUGAGAAACUGUCUCAAAAGAAUAUAACGGUAUGUCGCAUUCUCAACUUUGGCGAAAUAUAAAGUAACAUGUAUUAAUUAGAGACCGUAUAGAAUUGAUUAUGUACUAUUGCUGUGUGAUUGCGAAGACAGAAGUGAUGAAUGCAACUAUUAGAGCGUUAUUUUUACUAUUCUUAGUGAAUAAUAAAAUCAAACAAAAAACUAAGUAAAUAAAAAAGCAAGCUGAAAUACGUUUACGAUUACCUGAGCUGUACUCCGACAUGUACAAUCUAAAAGUCUGUAACACUGAUCAUACCACACUAUCCUUAUCGAAGUGUGGUAAAUCAAGGAAAUCGAGUGUCGUAUUGCUUGCAUCGAAGACUUUUGUUCCUCUCGCUUUUGUACGCGUGUGUUGCUAUAACGCUGUUAAAUGUCAUAAUUGCCAAAUGUCUUCCAAUUAUUUCGACAACUCGUCAUCUCACACCUACUUGGAAGUAUUUUAUACCCAAACGGGCUCAUAACAAUCGUUUUAUGUUUUACACAAUUUGACCAGCGUGCUGGCAUACAACGUCUGCGUCAGGAGGCUUAAAUACUUAAUGCCAAUCAGCCAAACUGUGGAAUCCUGUAAUAUUUUCAUUUUCUACGACAUGAUUUAGAGAUGUAUAAUCAAUUCAACCGUCGUAGACGAUGAUAACGUUCAAUAAGCUAAUCACUAAGUUCACUUUAAACGAUUGUAUAAAUGAUAAAUAUGUGGUUAUUAUUAUAUAAAUAUAAGACGAUCAAUUGUCUGUAAGGAUUUAUGUAACUUAUUGCUUUGUAUAAUGCAAAUCUUAUUUAAUUA